GUUGUUGUUGACAGUGUUAACUUGUUUCGCAGAUUAUACUUCAAUUACUUGAGUUGAAAAAACAAUCAAAAGGCGUCACGCAAACCAUCAACAUGAAUCAAAUAUGCGGAUUGGCUCCAUACCAGUUUAUCCACAUUCUGGAUGAAACCACAAAUAUUACUCGUCUUGAAGUUGGACCGAAGUCUGUAGCAUUAUUGGCAAAUGAGAAGUUAGUUGCAGGACCACUACCUAUGGUUACUAUUCCUCCAGGAAACUACUGCAUUGUGCUCAAUCCUGUCAGUCAUUAUGAAGCUGGUAAAGUGUGUGAGUUAAGACUUGGUCACUCCGAAGUGCGGUACAAUGCUGGAUUCAGUGCACCAAACAAGUCCAGUUCUGAUGGCCAAGCUCUGCACAUGCUGGAGCCAUUUGCCUUAUACCCAGGAGAAUCAUUAUCAGGAGCAGCACCAUUGACUAUAGAAGGAGGCUGGUUUAAAAAGGCCAUUAAACAGCUGCCAGUGAUCAAAGCCAACACCGCCAUUCGUCUCCAGUGCAGCAUCGAUCACAAGGAUGGGAAGAUCGUCCGUCGGAGCGGAGAAACGUGGCAGCUGGAUGGGCCUCUCACAUACAUUCCACGACCAGAAGUGGAAAUAGUUUCAACCAUUGAGGCAAUCAUUAUUGAAGAUGGAAAUGUGGUCCGUCUUAGAGCAUUGGAAGACUGCAUUGAUAAAUCUGGAAAGCAUCGUGUGACAGGAGAAGAGUGGCUAGUUUCAAAACCUGGGGCCUAUCUUCCACGAGUUUUUGAGGAGAUAGUGGGAGUGGAAACAAAGAUGACUCUUACCUUGAAAGAUGGGCUGCACUUGAUAGCUACUCAAAGUGUGACAGACGUGUGGGGGAUUGACAGAGUGGCCGGUGAUGAAUGGCUGGUUACCGGAGACGACACUGAGGAAUAUUUCCCAGAGAUCGGUGUGGAGGUGAGCUGUACUGUUGAGAAGACUAUUCUACAGAGAGGAGAAUACUGUGUGGUACUCGACCCGGUCAACAGUGAUGGUCAGCCUAUGAUGGGAAUGAAAGAACUGAGGACAGGAUGUUGCUCUUUCUUCCUACACCCAGGUGAAAGGCUAGAACACGGAAUUCAAAAGGCACACAUCCUGUCUGCUGAUGAGUCGUUGGUCCUUCAGUGCACCAGUGAAUGUGUUGAUAAGAUGUUCAAAGGUGCACCUCUGCGUAACCCAGGUGAUCGGUGGCUCAUCACAGGACCAGUCAGAUAUAUUCCUCCCAUUGAGGUCACCAUUUUAAAGAAAAGGAGAAGAAUAGCACUGAACAAGAAUGAAGGAAUCUAUGUUCAAGAUCUGAAAACUGGUCAAGUGCGUGCUGUGUUAGGCCCACGGGCCUACAUGUUGACGGCAGAUGAAGAACUGUGGGAGAAGCCACUUCGUCCCAUUGAAGAGGAGUUACUGCGGGCUGGAGGGGGUAUUGGUGAAGGAGACAUCCGAAAGCUGGCCUACUUUGCACAGUCCAUCAAUCCGGAUAUUGUUGAUGGUCGAGACAAAACUCGGGUGAUAACAUACCGUUGUCCCGGUAACACUGCUGUUCAGGUGUAUAACUACAUGAAGAAGACUCAGCGGAUUCUGUUUGGACCGGAUCUCGUUGUUUUGGGACCACAUGACGAGUUCAAUGUGUUGAGUUUGAGUGCUGGAAAACCGAAAAAGGAAAAUGCUCUUAAAUCUCUGUGCCUGAUGUUGGGACCCGAUUUUAUUACUGAUAUCCUCGAGGUUGAAACAUCUGACCAUGCUAGACUGAGAGUGAGAAUAUGUUUCAACAAUCAUUUUGAGUAUGUGAAAGGAGACCAGGCCAGUGAGGCAAAACUCUUUGCCGUUCCAGAUUUUAUUGGAUUUGCAUGUAAACGAAUAGGUAGCAAGAUCCGAGCUGCCGUUGCUUUUGUUCCAUUUGACGAGUUCCACAGACAUUCGGUCAAGGUCAUUCACACUGCCGUGUUCGGGAUGGACGAAGAUGGCAAACUCCAUCGUCAGCUCAAGUUUCCUGCUAAUAAUCUGGUGGUCACCAACAUAGACAUCCAGAGUAUUGAACCCUCGGACCCCAAGAUGAGAGACAGCCUCAGCAAGUCUGUACAGCUGGCAAUAGAAAUAUCUACUAGGUCCAUUGAAGCAUCCGCAUUUCAUGAAGCAGAGAGAAAUGAGCAGAUAGCGCGUGGUGAACUGGAGCGACAGAAACUCCUCAAUGAGAAGGAGUCUGAGAAGGAGCGCGCCAAGUUGCUGGAGCUGCAGGCGAUCUCGGCGGCUAUCGAGUCGUGCGGCCAGGCUAAAGCCGAGGCUCAGGCCCAGGCCGAGCGGGUUAUCAUCGAGUGUCACAGCGAGAUCGAAGCUGUAACACUGAAGGCAGAAGCAAAAGAAAUAGAGCAUGAAGCCAACUUGGAGUCACAAAACCUGGUCAGAUCAAAUGAGAUCAAAUAUCUCAGACGUCAGAAUGAACUUGAGUUGUUCAUGAAGAAGCAGAAAGCAGAAAUUGAGGUGAACCGACUAAGAGAAAUGGUAGGUUGUAUGGGAUCCGAGACCUUGGCAUCCAUGGCUAGAGCAGGACCUGAUCUGAAGGUGAAGUUCUUGGAGGCCCUUGGAGUGAAAGAUGUCUUGUUCGCUGAUGCAAGCAAUCCCAUCAACCUUUUCACCAAUUCAGGCAGUCUGAUCGACAGCACAAAUUAAUUCACAUUAUUUCCACUGUUUAAACAGACUUACAAACAAAACAUAUUAGAUACAGAUAGAUACAAAAUACUCCGAUAUCAACUGCAUAAUAUAACAAUCUUUCAACAUAUAUUUUUUUCUGGUCACAGAUUAGUGCCAUAAUAUUAGUAGAUAAGCAAGAAACCAGGCCACAUGUUGAGGAGUAGACUAAGAAUUGGAUCAUUUCAUGUUUGUGUAAAGUUAUUAAAUAUUUAUUUUUUUCUGUUACAUUUCCCUAUAAUGGAAAUGGUAUUAAAAAUCAGUGGAGUAAAGUGAUUUUGAAUUCACAAAUGGAUUGGUUAUAUUGCAUACUAUAAUUUUAAUUCCAAGAACAAAAUCUGUUAGUGUCAAAUUGUAGUACAGUAAGUACUCUUAUUUUUAGUAUAAUUGUAAAAUAUGAGGUAGUUGUCAGGUAAAAUUGUUUUACAAAUAAUUGGUAAAAAUUGGUUAGUUUAAUAAAAUGAUAUGUCAUUUAUUAUGAUAUUCGUGUAUUCAAUUAAACUUGUGAUGCUGAUUGUGAUUUUUUUAUUAUACAAGAUCAGAUUGAGGAAGGCUGUGAUGUUUUUUACUGUUUACAAUAGAAAUGCUUUUAUAGUUUUAAUGUUGAUUUUGUUCUAAUGGUUCAGGAUCCAUUCAAUAACUACUGUAUGUAGUGUGGUAAUUUUUUACCCACCUUCCCAUGUACUUUUAAUACUAACCACAAACAUAACACAUUCCAUAUCACACACCCCACCGAGCAUUAUACAGUUGAUAAAUGUCCACCUAUGAGUUCACCGGAACUGUAUUGAUAAAUAUGUGUGUAAACACAAUAAUCAGAUAAUCACAGUGUUGAAUACUUAUCAUCUGCUGUUAGAACUGACAGUUUCUUUUUAUAUGUUUUGUAAAUUUUAUAAAAGUCAUAUCACAUCAUAGUUUAUAUGGACAAGAACAAAUGUUUUGCAUUUAAUAUGGGUAUGGUUUUGCUGUGUUUAAAAAUAUUUAAUGAUCUGGAUUGUCUGUUAUUUCAUUAGUCUAUGGUAAUGUUUUUACAUUUGUUUCUCUUCAUAACAUUAUAAAAUUGAAUAUAAGUCAUUAAGUAAACUAUCCCUACAUGUUGCAGAGGUUACCCUCAGUGAGGUUACUUAAUUUUCUGGGCUUUCAUAGUCUUGUUACUGGAAUGUUAUGUUUUAGGUCAACUGUUGGCAGAUCAUGUUACUUAAAAUAACGUAAUAGAGAAUGUUAUAAUAGUUUCAGCCUCUGAUAAUUACACAAAUAAUCAUUCUGUUAGUCCAGCACUUGGACAUUUUAAUUUACAGGCAAUACAAUUCUCAGAGCCAUGAAUUUGAAUGUCUUAUUACUUACAGAUUUUUACUUUGGAUAUUAAAGGUUGAAAAAUCAGGUCUAUUACAAAUAUUGUAGUGCUUAUUAACUGAUCCUUCUAAAAAAAAAAUUAAAAAAUAAAAAAAAUUGGUUUUGGGACCUAACAAAUUAGAUGACUAUAGCAGUUUCUUAAACUACCAGGUAUAUUCUUUAUUUGUAAGGUUUUGUGUUAUUAUUUUAUUUAUUUCACAAGUGUAUAUAUUUUAUUAUAACGAUUUUCAUGAGGUUACUAGGCUGUGACUUGUUACUUAAAAACCUCAGAUAAUAUUCAGGUAGAACUAUGCAUUUGGAAAACCUAGACCAGAGUAAAUGAGCCAAGUUAGGAUUUAUGUCACUUUAUGCUAGCAGCUAUUUAUAACAUUAAUUGACCAUCAUAAUCUGUUUGUAUAAACAGUAGUUGCAGGAUAAAAGCUUUUAAAUGUUUACAUCUUCCUAAAAUACCAGGCCAUAGGAUUUCAGAUUUCAUGGGGAACACUUUUUCAGUUCCAUGCCUUGUGAUCAUGGGAACCCGUCGGAAACUGUUUUAAAAAUAUAAUUAUAUAUAAUUAUGUUAUUUUCGUUAAAUAGUUGUACUUGAUAAAAUAAUCAUAGGAAACAAAAUUUUGGUUCAAUUAUUUUACCAACCGUUUCCGUGAAGUCUGAGGGCCUGAGAUAGUCCAUUCAUAUGGACAAAAACAUUUAAUUAAAGUUCCACAAGUAAAGCUUUCCUCCUUAAACUCAUUUAAAUACAGAAUAUUACAUGAUACCAUUUACCGUACAAUGAAUUGUUGGAUACUUUUUAAAAUUUACUUUUAGGGUAAAUGGUAUCUAAUGCAAAUUACUUUUAGGGUAAAUGGUAUCUAAUGCACAUGAGUGUAGCAUUCUAUUUCGUACAUAUCCUCAAAAAUCAGGUUUAAAAGAAAUUCAAGUCUUUGUGAUACAACGGGCAUGUAGGAAAGAAAAUAAUGCACUCAUUAGACAUUUUAAUCUGCUCAGUCUGUUACUCGUCUUUCUAAGAAUUUAUUUCUAUUUUAUGUACUUUUGUAUUUUGGUGUAGAUAUGGAAAUCUUAUUUUAGAUUUAAAAUGUGAAUGUAGACCAAUGUUUAAUGACAUUAUAUUGUUGCUGUUGUUUCAAAUCCUUUCAGAUCAUUUCCAAAAUUAAUUAAAAUGUUCAGUUUUGAUCAGACAUAUAGAGCAACAGAUAUUAGUUUUGUAUAGUCAAGUGGAAUGCAAGCAAUUUCCAUGAUUACAAAAUCUUGUAUGAUCUGUGAUGUUUACAUGUAAAUUGUUUACCAUAUGCAUACAAGGUGGGGGCUCAGUCACCACCACCCCCAAUGCUGGAGGAAAUAUUUUAUUCAGGCAAAAACCAAGGACAUUCAGCCAAAAUGAGGUGGCCGUAAAAUUUUCACCAUGUAUUUUCAACUAAUGUUAGUUGUAAUCCAUGUAAACAAAGUGUAGUAAUUUGUUUGAAACCAUAUAUAGCUGUUUGGUACCAAUUGAAAUAUGAAUAAACAUUGUUAUCAAGAUUUGGGUAUUUUCAUUUAACUAUGCAAAAAUCACCAUGCCCACCCUUGCCCUGUAUGCUUAUGUUGUUUACUGUAUUCAUAACAUUGCAUAUUAAUAGUACUUGUAAAUACACCAUUCAACAUGUGCAUCCUAAAUGUAAGGUAGUAAUUUUGUAAUUGGAAUUCUCAACAUAAAUUUAUAUCAAUAAGAAAAAAAAAGUCUCAAAAGCUCCAAACAGUAGUUUCCAGGGUAUUUUGCCUGGACCUACUGUUUUGAAAAGGUGGUUUUCUCCUUGGAGUUUUUGAUAUGGAUCCACUUUGUUAUGUUGCUUUGUCCUGUAAAAUUGAAUAUGCCUUGACUAACGUUUUUGGAAAAACUACAAGUCAUUUGGUUACUUCAUUAAUAAAUAUUUUCUUUACUUAA